AUGACGGAGGCAUUUUUUCCGUACGAGACGUCGAUAAGGAGCCCGGGUUGGGCCUUGAAUGAAGGUGUGGGAGAUGUCGAGCAUCCAAAAGCUGCCAAGAAAACGACGGUGACAACAGCCAAGCCAGGAGACAUCGGUGUAGACGAGUCACGAGAAAACAUACAAACGCAAGCUCAACAAACCAAAAACACAUCACCUAAACUUGGAUCUCUUGGAAGCAGCCGGAAUGCUGGGCCCCGCCCUAGCCUUUCCGGCAGCCUUCAUCUUCCUCCUCCUCCUCUCGUCCUCACUAUCCGACUCAUUCCCCUUCUCCCUGUCAGCAUUGCUAGCCUCCCUCUCGAGCUCCUCCCACGUUUUCCCCUGCUCUUCCCCUUCAGAAUCCUCCUCCUCAUCAUCAUCCUCCGACUCAACCAACGACUCGCUGUCCGAGUCAUCAUCCUCCGAUUCCGACUCAGGCUCGGCAUCCGACGGCUCGUAACCCUGGUCCGACUCGACCGAAUGGUCCGAGUCCGAAUCAGUAGCCUCCAGGUUAAGAAACUCCCACCCGCCUUCCUCUAUGAACUGCUGGGGAUCGUCUGUGAUCGUUUUCAAUAUGGGCCGCCAGUUGAGAUUGAGCCGGCUCUCGUAAUACUUGAUAUCAGUCGUGUCGAGCCACUCCUUAAUACCGUCGAGCGAGGUCGAGGGUAUCGAGUCGAUCCUCAUCACAUCCCGUUUAAAGUCUUUGAACACGAUCGCCAUGUCGAAAUUCUUCUGCGCGAGGCCAACGCGCUCCAAGUUGACGAUCUCGAUAUCGGCAAUGGGGACGAUGAAAGCCGAGGCCUUGUAAGGUACCCCGUGAAAGCCGAGUUCGCGGAGAGGCUGGUCGAACUCGAGGUCAAGGCCUUUGAACUGGCCUUGUCCCCACAAAUCGUUCACUCGAUUCACGAAAUGCUGAAAAUCGGUGUUGAUUUUGUUCUUCCGGUCGCGCUCCCUCUGCUCCUCCUCGAUCUCGUCGGGGUCGUAAGCCGACCGUUUGCUUCCGCCGAUGUUUUGGACCAUUUCCAUCACCUCGACGUAAAACUGGACAUCCUUGGUCUUCUUGUUGCCGACCAUGAUGUGGUUGUGGAGGUGAAAAUGGACGAGCGUGAUCAUCUCCUUCUCGGCCGGCUGGAAAAACGCGUGCUUAAUGUUGCCGUACAUUAUGUCGACCCGCUCGUCCGCCCUCGAAGUCGAGAACCGGAACCCAUUGGCAUGGGCCUCGAGCGUGCCCGUCAGCUUCCGGGCUCGGCCGCCGAAAACAGGCCGUAUCCAGAGGUCGUGCAGUCGGAUUGGCUUGAACCGAACGAGCCUCUCCUGAGUCACAAGCGUGGCCCGCUCGGCCCGUUCGGACUCGCGGGCCAUCACGUUGCGCCUCAGCGUCUUUAUCAGCUGCACGACCUCGCUGAUGUGGCGCGAGUCCUUGGACCGGAAGGAAACCUCCUUGAGGUACACGGCACCCUGGUUCUUCAGCGAGUUGGCGUCGUGCGGGCUGAAGGGAGUGCCCGGCACGUUGAAGAUGAUUCGCACGUAGCAGUUUCGUCGCCACGUGGAACGGGACCAUGCUGCCGUAGAUCGGGAGGAGAAUGGCCUCGUUCUUCUGGUCCACCUGGAUCAUCAUCUCCCUCGGAGGCGGCAGCUCGUUUACGUUCUUGUACGCGAUUAAAUCGCUGGCGGCCCGAGCAGAAGCCCGCCCGUCGCCUGCACCCGACUCCACGCCAGCCAGGCGGCGAGCCGUCUCCUCGUUCUUCUGACGGGCGAGCUCCGCUUGCUCGCCGUUGUCUGAACGGAGGGUCGCCUUCGAGUAGACGACGUCCUUCGAGGCAACGUUCGACUCGGCACGAACCUUGGGCUGCUCGUCCUCCUCCUCGUCCUCUUCUGGAACCCGAGCGAGACGUUGAAGACCAUCCCCGAUUUAAGCGCGCGUUCGUUCUUCGCGUUCAGGCUCAAUCCCGAUUCGCGGAACUCGAGCCCGAUUCCGGUCCCGGCCGAUUUCGUCAGGUUGGGAAGCAGCUCGGGGGAGUCUCUCUUCACGACAGAGACAGCUGCUUCGUAAACGGCUCGGGCCUUGUUUCCGGGCUUCACGGCGAGAAUGGCUGCCUCGUGGGCUCGGAGGAGGACCUCAUAAGCCUUGCUCUGAGUCGAGUUCGAGUCGAUAAGGUACGUUCGGGCAACGUUCGAGCAAUAGCUAUUGUAACGGGACCCAACGGCGCAGAUGAUGAUGCUGGAGGAAUCGUAGUACAGAUACUCGUCGUUGCUCGAGGCACUGGGCCGGAGAUCGAAACUUCCUCCGCUUUGAAAAAUUGGCGGGUAGCAGAUAUCUACAUUUUCGGCCUUGAGCUUGACGCCGAUUUUUGUUGGGUCAAAGACGAGUGUGUGACUUUCUUCUCCUCGUCGAUCACCUUCUCGACUUUCGGGACCACAAAGUUCUUCAUUGCCGAGGCAGUCAAGUAUGCGGCCUUCUUUAUGCAAGUGAUCUCGUUCUUAUCCUUCACGGCGAAAAGUUCGGACAACCCACUGGAUAUGUCGCUCAGCUUAAGACCCGAAUCUUUCAACUUAUCCGACCAUAGUUCGAGGAGUUUGCCCUCCGGAGCUUCUCGAGCUAUGUACCCGAUUGUUGGGGACUCGUGA